UGCAGACAGCCCGGCUUCCUGCGCGCCGCGGGCCUUGAAGGACCCAAGCGACGGCCGUACCUUAGGGCCCGGUGGACGAGGCGGCAGCGGUGGCGGGGGCUUUUAAGACUGACUUGCACUGGUUACCUGUGGAACGCAUUUAGCUGGCCGCCCUCGCCGCACUGGCUGAUAGUUGUGCAGGCGGCGCCAUGUCUGUGAGCGAGAUCUUCGUGGAGCUGCAGGGCUUUUUGGCUGCCGAGCAGGAUAUCCGGGAGGAAAUCCGAAAAGUUGUACAGAGUUUAGAACAAACAGCUCGAGAGAUUUUAACUCUACUGCAAGGGGUCCAUCAGGGUGCUGGAUUUCAAGACAUUCCAAAGAGGUGUUUGAAAGCUCGAGAACAUUUCGGUACUGUAAAAACACACCUAACAUCAUUGAAGACCAAGUUCCCUGCUGAACAGUAUUACAGAUUUCAUGAGCACUGGAGGUUUGUUUUGCAGCGCUUGGUCUUCUUGGCAGCAUUUGUUGUGUACUUGGAAUCAGAAACACUAGUGACUCGAGAAGCAGUUACAGAAAUUCUUGGCAUUGAGCCUGAUCGGGAGAAAGGAUUUCAUCUGGAUGUAGAAGAUUAUCUCUCAGGAGUUCUAAUUCUUGCUAGUGAACUGUCAAGGCUGUCUGUCAACAGUGUGACUGCUGGAGACUACUCCCGGCCCCUUCACAUCUCCACCUUCAUCAACGAGCUGGAUUCUGGGUUCCGCCUUCUCAACCUGAAAAACGACUCCCUGAGGAAGCGCUAUGACGGCCUGAAGUAUGAUGUGAAGAAAGUAGAGGAGGUGGUCUAUGAUCUCUCCAUCCGGGGCUUCAAUAAAGAGACAGCAGCAGCUUGUGUGGAGAAAUAGGCUCUUCCCUGACCCGGCCCUGCGGACCUCCCAGUUGCCAGGGAGGGUGAGCUCAGUGCCGCUCACCGUAGUUACGAUGCCCUGUUGCUAAGCACCAUGCUGUAUUUUCUUAGCCAGUUGUGUGCUGUAUGUAUCAGAAUGGAAACACUUUUUUGGGGGUAAAAGUACAGCCUUUACAAAGACAGAUUUUUCUUUGUUGUUUCAGUGAAUUUGCUCUGUAAUUCAGUAUACUUUAGUUCUGUCAAAAAGUGUAAAUGUCAGUCUCUUGGUAAAGUUCAUUUCUUGCUUACCCCAAUGCUGUUGAUGUACUGAUUGAAAAGUUUGUUGUCUUGUUUGUGAUUCUUCCAGAAGUGAUCCUUGAUAUUUUCUAUAUCCAGAUUAGACUUUCAUACACAGGUCUAGUCUGGAUACGGUAUGAAAAUAGAUAAUUAAAAAGGAUGGUGACCAAGCAAAUGACACUUAUUUUAUAUUUUCCUUCCUUAUUUUAAACCUGGUGAGUAAAUCAGAUGUUUAAAUUUUUUGCAAGGGAGUUUUAGCUCUAGGGUUCUCUCUCACUGCCAUCAAAAUAUAGAAUUAAUUUGCAAAGUCAAGUUCAACCUUAUUUUGGGAAGUUUUUAUAUUAAGGGAUUGAGUAACACCUUACCAUUUGGCUCUAUUUACCAGGUGCCUGGGUUAGGGCUUAGUGUUUUAAAACACCUCUGUUUCCUGAUGUUGCCUUAACGUUUUGCUAUUGCAAGCAAUUACAAAUUGUUUUCACACACAUCUUGAACUAACAUUUCAUAUGAUAUAUUUCUAAGAUAGGAAACCUUUUUCCUAGUAGCCAGUGAGACUGUUUAGUCUGGGAGUACAAGGCCACCCAGUCAAGUUUUUAGCAAUACCCUGACUGGUAUGUUCUGAGAGGAAAAUGCGGGGCUUUGUCUGGGAGAAACAAAACCUUGGAUUAAGAAAACAAAAUGCACUGAUUUGGUAAUGUUUUUUAGACUAGGCAAUUUCAAGUUGUUGAUGACUCUCCCAACAGUCAGGUUUUAGAUUUACAGUUUUGGGGAAGUCACAAACAUUCUAUUGGCACCCGCCUCCCUCUCCCCAUUUUUAGGUAGUACUAGUAUAAGAAUACUUGCCAUGUCAUUUUUGCUGUUGAGUUGAAGUUAUUAAAAUGGUGACAAUCCACAAUGUUGUGGAGUCCACUGAAAGGAAAGUGCUAGUGUUUCCAGAAUAAUCUGAAGUAUUUAGAUGUAUCACCCUUUCGUGCCUGAUACCAGUUUGGGCUUUCUGUUUGUACAGUGGGAAAUCUGACAUUGCCAUCAGAGCUUUUAUCAGGCUGAGUUAAGGACCAAAGUUUCCAUCCUGAGGAAAGCAAUAGAAAUGCAUAAACUGCGAUGCAUUGUUGGAUUUUAGAAAACUUUUCUUGACAGCUCUUCCUGCAGAAGCGUUUGUAGAAAGAAAGGUGUUAGGAUCUUGAACGCGCCUCAGAUGGGCAUCUGCAAUGAGUGGCUUCCUGGAUUGAGCAUAAAAGGCUUUUCAUUACAUGGUGACGCACAGUCAGUUUGAUGACAGUUCUCUUUGCCUUUUUAAGUAUCGAUUCUGCUUGAGAAUAUUAAAUUUCUUGGUAGAAGUUGUGGAUUUCAGUUUUAACAAAUAUUCUAAGUGUAAGAACACUGUCUUAUAAAGCUCCCUUUGAGAAUG